AUGAUAUCGCCGCUGAAUAUCCUCGCAAGCUCUCACGAUCAAUUCAAGGACCCGGCUUUUCUGGGGAGCCUGGCUACACAUCGCCCGGUUCUGAAGGAUGCCGUGCUGGCCUGCAGCAUGAUCCACUUGUCCAACUCUCAUGAUGGAUUUCAAAUGGAAGCACUGAGGCGCUAUAACCGAGCUCUGGCUGGGUUGAGGAUGCAAAUAGAGGAUGGCUCCGUCACCGGUGAAGAAGACUGGAUCUUGUUCACGACCAUCCUUCUCCAUGUAUUCGAGGUGAGCGAGCCCAUCCGGAAACUGUGA